AUGCAAGCAGCGCCAAAUUCUCAAAAAGUUGCAGCCCCUCGGAAGUCACCUGGACCACCGCAGUCGUCAGUGCCGUCAGGAGCAACGGCCCAAGUUACUUCUCCAGAUUCAAUUUCUCAGCAACGCACUUCUGCCCCAUCUACCAAGGCAACUGGUAGUAACAGAAGGACUAAUCCAAAUCAAACAGCUCCAAAUGCGAACUCACCACCCUUGUCACAAAUUGAGAAGAGUGUCACGCAUCUCCUGGUAGCUACGAAGCAGUUAUUAGAGACCCUCACGCAAUGGUCUCGAAGACAAGCUACAGACGCGCAAGUAUCGGACGUGUAUGUCCGUUUGGGAUACGAGUUCAAUAUCGCAUGUAGAGCGUUCACUACCAUAAAUGUUGACACUUCAGACCUUGGAAACGUACCAGAUCUUUUGCGCAACAUUUUAGAAUCAACUCUGAGUCAAGAAGCAAGUGUUGAGAGCUUGGAAAAAUACCUACCUCAGAUACGAGAUAUUAUUAUAAAUCUGCUUCAUGGUCUGAAACGCAAGCAACAAAGACUUCGCCAGAAGCAAAACAGAAGUCUGCCCCCAGACUCCUCGGGUACUCGUAAUGCUAGUCUUAACAGCAUUGGUAGCAGUAGUGGUGGUACAAUUCCUGGAACAAUUUCAGACCAAGGCGCCUUAGAUAACUUCCAGAGAAACAGCGAAAACAGAUCCAGUACUUCUGCAAGCGAUACUGCAAUGGCUCCUAGGGGCUCCAUGACAUUAAACCAGAGAGCAGCCCUCACUCGAGAUCAGAUCAGAUCCUCUACCUCCUCUGGCGAGUCAUCCAUCUCAAGCGCCAUCAUGCAGACCAUGCCUGUUCUUCCUCCUUCAAAGCCAUCCAAAGAUAUUCCCGCUCAAACCCGUAUUAGCUCCUCCAACUCAAUGGUAGACUCUUUUCCACCUCCACCUCCACCCCCGAAAAUUUCAACAAAUGCACUUGCAGCUUUGCAAAGAGGUGGAGAAUUGGAAAGACGAGCUUCCAAGAGGUAUUCAGCUUAUCAAAUUUCCAAGCAUUUAGGCGCCUCACCAAAUGGAGUUCCAAUUUUACCCCAGAAUACACCUAUUCCGAAUAGAGGUCGGAAUGAUACUAUGGAAGGCGUAAGGGCCGUUCAAAACCGGGGUCAACCAAGAAGACUUCACUCAACGCGGCCAUCCAACGAUCUAACAUCAUCAUCUAGAUCAAGUAAUAUUAACGGAGAGGACAGUUUGAAGUCAUCUGAUUCCUACGUAUCUCCAAAUAGUGAUGGGAAUCCAUUAAUAGUACUCCCAGAUGAUAGAUCAUCAUUAAACAAUUCAUCUAGUCAAUCUCUACCGUCUAUUUCUUUUCCACAAGCCGUCAAUCAGCCAUCCAACACAACUUCUGAUGAUGCUGAGAAAAUUUCAAACCAAGCUAGUAUAAAGUCUUCUCUAGCCUACACUAUACCUGGCUCAGCACGUUCAAGGUCCGAGGAAAUAACAUCGGCAGAAGUUUCACCAAGAAAUGAAAAGGAACUAACACUUUUCCUGCAAUACAAAACCAAAGUUAAAAAGUUUGUAUUAGUUGGUGGCUAUAGUGACCUCUCAAUUGCGAGGCUACAGCUAGCUUUCAUUGAGAAAUUUGCUUGGAAUACACAUCAUAAUGGCGUCGACCUACCUGAAAUUUUUAUCCAAGACCCAGUAUCUGGAGUUCGUCACGAGCUUGAGGACCUUGAUGAUGUAAAGGAUCGUUCAGUGUUAGUUUUAAACAUAGAAACAUUGGAUGAAGUAAAACGUCAAAUUGACGAUGGUUUGGGGGGGAUUAAGAAAAUGAUCGAGGGUGUACGGACGGCUGUGGAUGACCAACAAGUUACUAUUCAACGUGUUUCAGAUAGACAGCAAGAGACUGCUAAGGAAAUAGCACGAAUCAAAUCCUCUCCACCAUCCAUACCGCAUGAGCCUAAACCAGAUUCACGCUCAAAUAGCUUGAAUUUCAGUCCCAAGAAGGUAGAUAACAUCGUUCAACAGCAGGAACUACAAGCGAUUCGUCGGGACUUGGCAGUGGUUCGACAAACCUAUUCGACGUUCCAGUCUGAUAUACAAGAUUCAAUGAAUAUUCUUCGAAAAACAGCUGAAAAUGUCAAGACAGCUGCGGCAAAAGCGUCUAUCCCGGACUUAUCUGGUGAAUCUGGAAGAAGCUAUGUAGACAGAGGAAAAAAAGGACUUGACAAAGAUUCGGAUAAACUUGUGGCCCAAGUUGAUGACCUGCAGGACUUGGUCGAAGAUCUCCGGAAAGAUGUAGUGCUUCGUGGAGUUCGACCACUCCCUCGCCAGCUAGAAGAUGUUUCAAAAGAUAUCUCACAGGCUGCCGCAGAACUUAAAAAAAUGCAGGAUUUCUUAAAGCGCGAACGACCUAUUUGGACCAAGAUCUGGGAGAAGGAGCUCGAACGUGUUUGCAAAGACCGUGAAGAUAUGACUCUUAUUGAAGAUCUCAUUGUUGAUCUCGAAGAUGACCUAAGUAAAGCAUCACAAACAUUUGCUCUGGUUGAAGAGGCUACACAAGAGCAGUCAAAAGAUCCCCCGGGGUCCACAAGUGCCAGUCGUGCUUUGUCCCGAGGUCUCAACCACGUUUUGGCAGCAGAUCCUGCUGUAGCGAAAGAGGGUGUUCUAGAUGAAGUCCGAGCGCUACAACCGAACCACGAAAACCGGAUAGAGGCUAUACAGAGAGCUGAGAAGCUUCGCCAGAAGGAGUUGGAGAGUCGCCGAGCAGGUGAAUUUGAAAAAGAACUUGGGAGUUUCGUCGAAGAAGGCAAGUUGAAAAAAAGUGGUGGAUUUGAGGAAGUUGAGCGGGCACGCAAGCAAAAGGAUGAGCGGAUUCGGAUGGAAGUUUGGGAAAGACAGAAUGGUAUGACGCAGGCGGGUGCUUUUCAGCUACAGUUAGACUUCGAGGCAAUGGAUGAAAUGGAAUCUGUAGAGAAAGAAAUGAGAAUAGCGAUGGGUAAUCAAGAUACCGAUGAAUUAUUAUGA